AUGGCGGCCGGAGAUGUACCAAGAUGUCCGGAGUGCCAACAAAAACAAACCCUGUCUCCGGUACCCGAAUCUGGACAACCCCUGAUUGAAAGCAAGCAUUGUCAUUUAUGUAGAAAGCUUCAGAAAACUUUCGUGGACAUUCCACGGCCGGCAUUCAAUCGGAGUGUAUCUUGUCCUGCCAGGUCUAAUGUUGUGUCAUAUGUGCAACAAGGAGGAGAACCGCUUAGUGCCUCACUGACAGAUGAGGAGGAUAAAGAUGAUUCUGAAGAUGUCAAAAAAAUCGACUUUGGGGUCAAUUUCUGUAGCGAAUCGUCGCCAAGACAACGUGUUUGUCGGGUUAUCAGCAAACAAACGGUUAUUUUUAUUGCGAUAGGCCUAUUUUUAGUGCUAAUUGUAUUGAUUUGUGUACUCUUCUAUGGUGUAUUCUCGGGACGCAGUUCCCAAGGCGAGGGACCCACCCACAAUACCCCGAGCCCUUUGAACCACGGCCUCACCAGGAAUGUGACUGUUUUUCCCCAUCAUCAACAUUGUACGUCACACAGUUUAUUCCUUGUCGACGUCUCCAAGCCUAAAGCCUCCGAUAACCAGUCCACCACCGUGUCCUUUAGACUUGUGAACUCAUCAGAUAACAGCGUUAGUCUUUCCGAAGAUGGACAGACCAUCCACUUCAACAAAGCAGGCUUGUACGACAUAGAUGUGGAUUUUAUAAUGGACACCUACUCCCUUGACAGUGUCUCUCAGGACCGCUCUUAUCACCAGACCCUCUGUCUGAACAUAACCAGUAGGCCUCCGGUCUGCCGACCUCUCAUCAUGCGCGAAUGGAUGAGACUGCCCCUCAGUGUUAAUGCUAAAGUUCGCGCACAUUACGGACAGAGGUUGUCCGUUUUUGUGAAGAACCACAAAAUCUUGUUUCCGGAUCCCAACGGAAACAUGUUGUCGAUUGUAAAAAGGUACUGUUAAAUCAUGAAUGAAUCCAUCUAUAAAAAAUUGUCAGGGAAUAUUGCCAAGUAAGAACAAAUCAAUGUUUUGUAUGGAAUUUCUGAACUCAUUGCUCAUUGAAAAGAUCCGCCGCCAUAUCGAAUAAAGUUGUGUAUUCUGUGAUAAUUAGUUGCUAGCGAUACAUAGCUGGAUAUUUAUUUUUCUCUUUGAAAGGAAUAUGGGCCAUUUGAUCCCUGU